AAGUAGAAAGGAGAAACAAAGUCCUUCUUUCUACUAACACAACAAGAAGAAAAAGGUGGAAAAACACACACACACACUAACAAACAAAGAGAAAAAUGGAAUGGAAAAAGUGUUAUUUGGAUGUGAUAUUAGUUCCAUUAGGGUUUAUGAUAAGCUUGACAUAUCAUAUUUGGUUAUGGCAUAAGGUUAAAACACAACCACUUUCUACUAUUAUUGGAACCAAUGCUAAUGGAAGGCGUUUAUGGGUUUCUGCUAUUAUCAAGGAUAAUGAGAAGAAAAACAUAUUGGCUGUUCAAACAUUUAGAAACACAAUAAUGGGAUCAACCCUAAUGGCAACAACUUCAAUUCUUUUAUGUUCUGGGCUUGCUGCUGUUAUAAGUAGCACUUAUAGUGUGAAAAAGCCGUUAAACGACGCCGUUUAUGGUGGUCAUGGUGAAUUUAUGGUUGCACUAAAAUAUGUUACACUUUUAUUAAUUUUUCUCUUCUCAUUUGUUUGUUAUUCUAUAUCAAUUAGGUUUAUCAACCAAGUGAAUUUUCUCAUCAAUUGUCCACAACAAGAUCAUAAUGAUUUGGGAAUAUUCAUCUUGAGUAUUGACUACAUUUGUGAGUUACUUGAAAAAGCAUUUAUAUUAAAUGCUGUGGCUAAUAGGUUGUUCUAUGCUGCAUUAACACUUGUACUUUGGAUAUUUGGUCCUGUAUUGGUUUUUUUGAGUUCUAUUAGUCUUGUUACUGUGCUUUAUAAUCUUGAUUUUGUGAUAUCUAAUGAUGAUCACAAGGGGAAAAUGAUGAAGAAUAACAUUCAUCACAAUGGAAAGGGAAAUGGUGAUGAUGAUUAUGUAAUAUCUCAUGUUUAA